CUAGAACUUUAAAUAAAAUUUAAGAGAUUAGAUAAGAAAUUAAGGGCAUAGAUGGCAAUCCAAACAAAAUGGUAACAUUAGAUAGGGUUUACACAGUAUAUUGAUGAUGAGAUUCUUUUGGAUUAUUGCAAUUUGCCUUUUAUUCUUUUCCAUUUCCACUUUCUAAUUUUUCUAUGCAUGAUAUUUUGCGAACUCGGGAACCCUAACCCUUAUUAUAAUUUCCCAUCUUCUCUGUUUUAUUUCUCUCUCUCUCUCACUCUUUGGGUUUAUUUAGGGUUUAAGGACAGCGUUCAAAAAUCAGUCGAAACCCAAACAGGAAUUUCCUUUUUCCUGUAAAUUUCUAGGGUUGCGGAGAGAAAUGGGAGCGGACAAAGGGAAGAAGCAGAAAGUGGGAGGAGCGGACGAAGAGAACAAUGGCACCGAGCAGAUUGACGGGGAGCUCGUCGUCUCAAUUGAAAAGCUUCAGGAAAUUCAAGACGAGCUUGAAAAGAUCAAUGAAGAAGCAAGUGAAAAGGUCCUGGAAGUGGAACAGAAGUACAAUGAGAUACGGAAACCUGUCUAUGAUAAGCGAAAUGACAUCAUUAAAUCCAUUCCUGAUUUCUGGUUGACUGCUUUUAUGAGUCACCCUGCACUCAGUGAACUUUUGACUGAUGAGGACCAAAAGAUAUUCAAGUUUUUGAGUAACCUUGAAGUUGAGGAUUGCAAAGAUGUGAAAUCUGGUUACUCCAUUACAUUUCACUUCAAGCCCAAUCCCUACUUUGAAGAUACUAAGCUCACAAAGACCUUUACGUUCCUUGAGGAAGGAACAACUAAAAUCACAGCGACAUCAAUAAAAUGGAAAGAAGGCAUGGGCAUUCCUAAUGGUGUUGCUGCUGAAGAGAAGAAAGGAAACAAGCGACCUCAUGCUGAGGAGAGCUUCUUUUCCUGGUUCAAUGACAGCCAGCAUAGUGGUGAUUUGGAAGAUAUUCAAGAUGAGCAGGUUGCCGAAAUUAUCAAGGAUGAUUUAUGGCCAAAUCCCCUUACAUACUUUAACAACGAGGCUGAUGAGGAGGAAUUUGAAAUGGAUGAUGACGAGGACAAGGACAGUGAUGGCUCUGAAGAUGAUGACGAGCAAGACGAUGAAGAUGAUGACGAAGUUGAAGAUUAAACGAGAAAAAGGGUAUUAAGCAUCUGCAGAAAGUUCAGCUUCCUGGCUUCCUCUGUAAACAGGUUUAUAGGUUUUCUACAAGAGAGGAAUUGAACCUAAUCAUCUCUGCUUAAAUUCGCGUGUCGUACUUGAAACUUCUAAUUUUGUUUCAUUGUUUCUGAUGCUGCCAUCGAAAAAUAUAGCUAACUCGUGUAAAACCCGGUCUCUCUGCGGUGCGUUAAUCCUCUUAUCUAUCGAUAAAACGAACCAUAUUUUUUUCCCAA